AUGACCGUCACAGCGCCCUACCCCACAGCCCUCACCACCACAAUCGAUAACUCUCGAUUGAGGCUCCUCAACAAGAUCAAGGCCGGAGAGUUCCCCCUCAUGACCUUCAUGGCCAUUCCCUCCGUCCGCCAAGCCCAGAUCGUAGCUCUCACCGGUCUCGAUGGUAUUAUCAUUGACUGCGAGCACGGCCACAUUGGCGACGACGCCAUGCACAACUCCGUGGCUGCGAUUUCCGCCCUCGGAGUCUCUCCCGUGAUUCGCAUCCGUGGCCCGGCCCACGAUAUCCUCAAGCGUGCCCUCGACACUGGUGCCCACGGCAUCAUGGUGCCCCAGAUCAACAACGCCGAAGAGGCCCAACAGAUUGUCGCUUCCUCCAAGUUCCCUCCCCAGGGAGUGCGCGGUCAAGGCUCAGCGUUCCCUGCUAUUGGCCACGGCCUCACAACCCCCGAGUACAUGAAGUCCGCCAACGAAACCAUCAUCACCAUGAUCCAGAUCGAGACCCGUGCCGGUGUGGAGAAUGUUGAUGCAAUCUGCGCUGUCCCCGGUGUUGACCUUGUCUUCAUUGGACCCAAUGAUCUCGCCCAGUCUCUGCUCGGAUACACACCUGCUCGUGGCGACGAGCCUGAGUUUGUUAAUGCUGUGAAUAAGAUCAUUGCUGCUGCCCGCAAGCAUGGGAAGUGGGCUGGUCGCAUGGUAAACAAUGGUUCUGCUGCGAAGGAGGCGCGGGAAAAGUACGACACUGUGGCCAUCACCGGUGACACCAAGGCCAUUCAGAACUGGUACAUGGCAGAGUUUGAAAUCGCCCGCUCAUGA